CGCAUCUCAUCCACGAGCAGACCAACACAAUAUCUCAAUCAAUCCAAAAAACCCACUCCGACCAACAAACAUGCUCUCCAACUACCUGACCCUCCUGGCCGGCGCCGCCGCCCUCACAAACGCCAUCAGCGUUCCCGACCUCAAGCAUAACUACUUCAACGUCACCGACUGCUCCUUCGGCUGCACCUCCGGCUGCUACUACGCCUUCAACGUCACCAUCGUGGGCUCCGAGCAGAACCACCCAGCCGUCGACAUCAUCACCGAAUGCCGCGGCAACACCACCGCCACCUCGUACAUCGACUGCACCUUCGUCUCCGAGACCCAGUCGAUCGGCGCCUACAUCGACAAGCACAACCAGCUCCAGCUCGCCUACUACGUCAACGCGAUGAACGGCAAUCACUACUCUUACUUUGGCAACACCACGAUCUACUCCGAGACUGGACCCCAGGCCGAGCUGGCGAGGAAGGAUUUCUGCGUUCCGGAGAACAGGGCUACCGUCUAGAUGGAGCGUGAAAGAUGCGAGUGUCUGCAAUGGCUUGUCAGCGAUGUGCGGGCAUAGUGUGGAGCGCUCAAGAGCGAUGGCACUGAGUGGAGUCUUGUGUAUAUUUUGCUUCUCAAUCGAUUUGUGGUUUGAAUGCGAGCGUCGUCUGGUGUAAUUCAUCAUUCAUUUC